AUGGCCAUGGACAUGGUCUCAAAUGUUAUAAUAAGCGAAGAAAUUGCUUAUGGAUGCUCUGGAAUUGGAACGGCUCUACUAGCCAAUGAUCUCGCUGAAACACCGUUAAUUCUUUGUGGUAGUGAAGAGGUUCAGAAAAAAUUUCUUCCGCGAAUGGUUGAAGAGCCCCUUGUGGCGUCUUUUGCUGUGACGGAAUCGAUUGCGGGUUCGGAUGUUUCUGGAAUAAAGACAAAAUGUGAAAAAAAGGGCGAUGAGUAUGUGAUAAAUGGGUCGAAAAUGUGGAUCACUAAUGCGGGACAUGCUAACUGGUUCUUCGUACUUGCUCGUUCGAAUCCGGACCCAAAAGCUCCAGCUGGAGCUGCAUUUACCGCUUUUGCUGUUGAAGGAGACACACCAGGAUUAAUUCGUGGAAAGAAGGAAAUAAAUCUUGGCCAGCGUUGCUCCGACACUCGAGGAAUAACAUUUGAAGAUGUUCGAGUACCGGCUUCUAACAUAGUCGGUGCUCCGGGAGAAGGAUUCAAGCACCAAGCUGUUCAGUUUAUUCUCGCCGAGAUGGCAAUGAAUGUGGAACUGGCACGACUCAUGACGUAUAAAAGUGCAUAUGAGGUUGAUCAGAAGCGUCCGGGCUCUUACUACGCUUCUAUCGCAAAAUUAUUCGCCGCCGAUACAGCCAAUUUAGCAGCCACAAACGCCGUUCAGGAGGAAAUCCUUCCAAACGCACAAAAAUACGAUGAGUCAGGAGAGUUUCCGUGGGAUCUCGUGAAGAAGGCGCACUCUCUCGGUCUCAUGAAUCCGCAAAUCCCAGAAAAAUACGGAGGUCCCGGAAUGUCCACUUUGGACACGACAUUGAUCGUAGAGGCGCUUGCCUAUGGAUGCACCGCGAUUCAGCUGGCCAUCAUGGGGCCCUCUCUUGCAAUAGCUCCAGUAUAUAUCUCUGGAAAUGAGGAGCAGAAGAAGAAGUAUCUAGAAAUGUCCCUAGGGCUAAACGAGGAAUUCGAAGGCAGUAUUACAGUGCCUGCUAUAGAGAAGAACAUGGGCCAGAGGUGUGCCGAUACUCGCACAAUUACGUUUGAGGAUGUCCGUGUUCCUAAAAGUAAUGUGCUAGGUAGCGAAGGAACAGGUUUUAAGGUUGCCAUGAGCGCCUUCGAUAUGACACGACCUGGAGUAGCAGCCGGUGCGGUCGGUUUAUCAUGGAGGGCAUUGGACGAAUCCGCCAAAUACGCUUUGGAAAGAAAAGCUUUUGGGACCGAAAUUGCAAACCAUCAAGCGAUUCAGUUCAUGCUCGCAGAUAUGGCAGUGAACCUUGAACUCUCACGCCUUGCAACUUAUAAAUCAGCAUGGGAUGUUGACCAUAAGGUGCGGUCGUCUUAUUACGCCUCUAUCGCUAAAUGUUUUGCUGCAGACACGGCUAAUCAAACUGCUGCGAACGCAGUUCAGAUCUUUGGUGGGAAUGGUUUCAAUUCUGAAUACCCCGUAGAGAAAUUGAUGCGCGAUGCGAAGAUUUACCAGAUUUAUGAAGGGACGAGUCAAAUUCAACGCAUUGUGAUUGCACGUACCCUACUUACUUAUUUCCAACAAAAUCAGACUUGCCGUAUGAACUAG